GGGAACUGCCCAAACUGGGCAAGCGAUACAGUAUAAUGCUAGACAGAGGGGUGAAAGCUUUGUAGAGUGAGAAAAAUAAAUAUAUAAAUAAACAAAUAAACCUUAUUGGGUCAGUGUUUUGCUGCCCAAAUCUAAAGCGACUUGUUAAAGAAAAAAAAUAAAAAUAAAAAGUAUUGUUAAAAAAAAAAGAAAAAAUAUAAUGUAAUGCCGAGUAGCCAAUAAUAAUAGGACUUGACAACUCUGGCUGGACAUAGAAAAGUAAAAUAUAUUAUAAGACACACAGGUGCACACGCGUGCUUUAAAACUACAGUGGAUGACUCGGUCCUGUACACAUUAAGUGCACUUUCGUUUUUUAUCGUCGAGCUGUAAAAGCAGAAAGUUUCCGUUUUGGCGCGUGCUCAAACUUCACCUGUUUCAGCGCAACACAAGACACAAGAACACAACACAAGAGGUUCGAUCAGGACUGCAACAAGAUGGCUCAGUAUCACAGACUCUCAGACGCCAGUGCUGACAGCAGUGCCUCGGAUCACGGCAUGAACGUUUCUGCUGGAGUGAUCAAAGUGCUAAAAGAACAUGGAUACACCAUAGAGGAAGAACUUGGCCGAGGGGCUUCAGGAAUAGCGUUUCUGGUGAAAGACACAGAUGGAGACCCUUAUGUGAUCAAACAGAUGAAUUCCAGAGAUGGGGAGGAGCUGGAUGAAGUCAGAAAGGAAGUUGAGAUCCUGAAAAAUCUCAACUUUGGAUAUAUUGUUACUUAUGUGAAAUCAUUUGAAGAUAAUGAAGCGGGACGCAUUUAUAUUGUGAUGGAGUACUGUGAAGGAGGAGAUCUUUCAAAAGUCAUGGAAAAACAUCAAGAAGAACGUUUUUUUGAAGAACAACAAAUUUGUCUGGCUCUGCAGUAUCUCCAUGAGCAGAAAAUUCUUCACAGAGAUAUUAAACCUCAGAAUAUCUUCCUGACUGAAGAUGGUUACAUCAAUCUAGGAGAUUUUGGAUGCUCAAAAGCAUUGCGAAAGGUAAACAAAAAACAAGCUGAUGAAUAUGCUAAUUCAGUCGUGGGUGCAAAGCUCUAUGUCAGCCCAGAGUUUUAUCAGAAGAAAUAUAAUUCCAAAAGGUGUAUGAAAGGACAGGUGAAGGAGGAAGCCACAGUGGAGGAAAGAACCAGGGAGCUGAGGAUGGGAGGAGAGGCCAGGUGCUACACCUGGAUGCAAAGUUCAUGGUGGGAGUUGAUGGUGGAGUUGACGGAGGGAGAAGCCAUGAUGGGUCUUGGCUGA